AAAGGAAGCGGCAGGCUGAGGAAGAGGCGGAAAAGAAGCGGCAGGCUGAGGAAGAGGCGGAAAGGAAGCGGCAGGCCGAGGAAGAGGCGGAAAGGAAGCGGCAGGCUGUGGAAGAGGCGGAAAAGAAGCGGCAGGCUGAGGAGGAGGCGAAAAAGAAGCGGCAGGUCGAGAAGGAGGCGGAAGCAAGGCGAGAAGCGGGGGUGAACAUUCAUGAUUCCGUGAAGGCCCAAGAGUCGGAGAGAGACAAGGGCGCCAGAUUUCUGAAGCUCUUGAGUUCCCGGGCAGAGGACCUGGAAAGUUAUGUGAUUGCUGCCAAAGCACAAAUUCUCAACUCCUGUUUAUCGGAAGGGGCGACAUCUACCACGUGCCGCGACGCCCUCUCCCACCUCCAGGCUGCGGUGUCGAGCCUGACUGUUGCCAUUGCGACGCUGAGCGAGGAAUUGGGUGUUGAGUACGAAGCGCCUGAAGUGCCAGCGAGGAAGGGCUAUGAGGCUGGGCAGGAAGCCACCGAAGCGUUGGGGAGCCAACUGACCACUGAAGAGGAGGCGAUGGUCAUUGAACUUCGGGGAUUAUGGACUUGGGUUGGAACUGCGCUUUUAAUUGCCGCGGCAGGCUUCGGCAGGGGAAUGCGGGGGACGUCAAAAAGCAAGGAUGAAAAGGGCAGCGCAAGGGAAGAUGACGGAAAGAGAAGGGAGGUGGAUCAGCGCGGGGGCACGCAAAGCACCAGUGCUGAGAAGCCUCAGGACGGCGCGACCCCCGACACGGCAUUGCCGCAAGGCGCGGACCGACACAGCGCCCCGGGGCUUGUGCGUCGCGCAGCGGCGGCUAACGCUGAACCGAAGACUUCCCCCCCUGCCCCCAUGAAGCACUCUUUUGGUGGACCACCUGCGCCAGGCGCGGGGGCGCCAUCUCCGUUGCUGUUUGGAGCGGCGCCAGCACGGCCAGGCGUCACGGGAGCUGCGGCUUGCCAGCCAUCACAGACCGUCUUGUUGAACCAAGGUCGCAAUGGCUCGUCGCCCGGUGGACCGCCGAGCCGCCUUGGCCAUAGUAUAUCAAGCGCUGAUAGGUCUGCUGCGGCUGAGGCGGCAAAAGGAGAGAAUACAGACUUUUCGGACGAGCUCCGCAACCCCUUCCUUCAAAGGUGGUCGUGA